AUGUUUGCCGAGUCCAAGCAGAUACCUCCGACCACUGAAGAAGUUCAUGCAUUUUCUGGUCAUAUUCGGGAUGAUGACAAUCUUGCGCAGAUCGGAAAAAAGGCUGUUCUAACGCCAUUCACAACUUAUUUAACUCUGCCAGGCUGGGUUACAUUGAUCGGAUGGCAAGCGGCGUUUGCGUCUGUGUCGUACUUGGCCGGUACCGAGGUUCAAGGCGCCGCCAUUUUCGCGUACUCUCACUAUCAACCCCAGGCAUGGCAUGGUACCCUGCUUCUCUGGGCGGUGGUCACAGUCGCAAUGGCAGUCAACAUCAUCGGGGGAAAGUUCUUUCCGCGCAUGGAAACUGUGAUUCUAUUUAUGCAUAUCGCAGGGUUUUUGGCCAUAGUAGUCGCAUUGACCUCCAUGGCCGACCACAAACCUGCACACGAGGUGUUUACCGACUUUCGCAACGGGGGAAAUCUUCCGGCCGACGGUGUAUCUUUCUUCGUCGGGAUGAUGGGUUGCGUUUUUGCGUUCGCUGGGGGCGACGCUGCAGUGCAUAUGGCCGAAGAGUGUAAUAAUGCUUCUAUUGCGAUCCCCCGAGCUAUCAUGCUCAGCAUCGCCAUCAAUGGUACCCUCGGAUUCAGUAUCAUGGUGGCUGUCUUGUUCUGCAUGGGUGAUGUUCAGCAAGCACUGGAAUCUCCGACGGGCUAUCCAUUCUUCGAAAUCUUUCACCAAGCAAUGGGAACGACCUCGGGCGGAUUAGGACUGAGCUUGGUACUGGUCAUUAUGAGCAUCUGCGCUGUUCUGGGUACCUUGACUGCCGUGUCCCGACAAUUUUGGUCGUUUGCUAGAGAUCGUGGCGUCCCGGGAUGGCGGAUAUGGAGCCAUGUUUCCUCCAGAACGCAGCUGCCCACUUACUCAGUCUUCCUAACCAUGACCGUCGCGUGUCUUCUCGGCCUCAUCAACAUCGGAUCCAGCGUAGCUCUGAACGGCGUUCUCUCCAUGGCCGUAUCCGGGCUGUAUCUGUCCUACCUGAUCGUCGGCGCAAUGCUCCUGUACCGGCGAUGCACAGGCGCUGUAUUUCAAUUCAGCGAUGCGGACGACAUGCAAAAGAACGUUCCCGGAGCAAAGCUAGUAUGGGGCCCGUUUCAUAUCCCCGGGGGCUGGGGAAUCUUGGUCAACGGAUACGCAGUCAUUCACAUGACGAUCGUGGUGUUCUUCAGUCUCUGGCCGACAGAGAUCCCGGUUACUGUGACCAAUAUGAACUUCAGCGUUGUUGGCACGAUGGGCACGAUCUUUCUAGCCUUGAUCUACUAUGUUCUCCGAGCGAGGAAAGUCUAUCAAGGACCGGUGAUUGAGACGGUGGGUUGA